GAUGCAUCCGUUCCUUUCAGACACACCCUUUCCCCCCCUCUAAUAUCCAUCUCACAUCGCGUCAUGUCAUAUGUCUCCCCUUCUUCUUUCUCUUUUACAGAUACUGCAGGUGCAUGGAUCGAUGCAUGCCUCGUCCCCCAGUGUCCCUGAUGUGGGGUGAUGACAGAGAGAUGAUGGAUCAAGUGGCUCUUUUUUUUUAGCCUGAACUGCUUCUUCACGAGACAUCCUUGAGCGCCUUUAAUUUCUGUUUAAUCUUCCCAUCCAUCCAUGGCUUAUCUCCAGUGUCAACAGCACCAUCUUUCAGUUUGCCUCUCAAGAGUACCAUCUUUGCUGCUACCAAACAACGAGGUCAGGUGGAGGAAGAACAACAACAAGAAGAAAGCAUCCAUCCGUACGUAUGCUCUCGACGGCCUUUAGUUUUUGCCAUUUGUGUGCUUGUUCCAAAGAAGCGUCAGGUAGGUACUUAGGAUAAGGUAGCGUAGGCCGUGGCCAGGGAAGUUUUCUUGCAUGGGCAAGAAUACUUUGCUUCAACUCGGAUCGAGUCAUAAGUAGCACUAGUUCUGUUAUCAUCCCCUGGUACGGCAUCGGCAGGCAAAGCAAUGUUCGUGGCGCCACGUCCCGGCGUGGUGGUGGUGGUGUCGUCGCUCCGUCGCCGACGAGGCUGCCUCCUCCCUGGCACGGCGUGUCGGUCGUCGUCGUCGUGCGAUUCUUGAUAUAACAUGCUUUCUUGCUUCCGGCUGGCACGGCCGGCCGGGGACGCGAGCCAGCAAGGGGGCGCGUCGGCAUCGUCGCCCCGGCUGCCGUUCGCGGCGAGCCUGUUCGCGCCGUCCCCGUCCACGUCGGGCAUCAAGAACCCCUGGCCGUCAUCGGACGCGGCCACGGACGACAUGGAGAAGAAGCGCUGGGACAGCAUGGAAUCCUGGUCGAUGCUGCUGGACACGGCCAUGGGGCCUUCCUCCUCCGGUCCCGGCGAGUCCUCGUCCUCGUCCCGCCACAGCGGCCGGCGCGAGGAAUGGAUGGCGGACCUGUCGCACCUCUUCAUCGGCAACAAGUUCGCGGCGGGCGCCAACAGCCGCAUCUACCGGGGCAUCUACAAGCAGCGCGCCGUGGCCGUCAAGAUGGUGCGCAUCCCGGAGCGCGACGAGGCCCGGCGCGCGUUGCUCGAGGACCAGUUCAACUCCGAGGUGGCCUUCCUGUCCAGGCUCUACCACCCAAACAUCGUGCAGUUCAUCGCGGCGUGCAAGAAACCCCCCGUGUACUGCAUCAUCACGGAGUACAUGUCGCAGGGCACGCUCCGGAUGUACCUCAACAAGAAGGACCCUUACUCGCUGUCGCCCGAGACCAUCCUGAAGCUGGCGCUGGACAUCUCCCGUGGCAUGGAGUACCUGCACGCGCAGGGGGUGAUCCACCGGGACCUCAAGAGCCAGAACCUGCUGCUCAACGACGAGAUGAGGGUCAAGGUUGCCGACUUCGGCACGUCCUGCCUGGAGACCAGGUGCCAGGCCACCAAGGGGAACAAGGGCACCUACCGUUGGAUGGCACCGGAGAUGAUCAAGGAGAAGCCUUACACCCGCAAGGUUGAUGUCUACAGCUUCGGCAUCGUCCUCUGGGAGCUCACCACCUGCCUUCUCCCUUUCCAGGGCAUGACCCCCGUCCAGGCCGCCUACGCCGCCUCAGAGAAGAAUCUGAGGCCGCCGCUGUCGAGCUCGUGCCCGCCGGUGCUGAACAACCUGAUCAAGAGGUGCUGGUCGGCGAACCCGGCGAGGCGGCCCGAGUUCAGCUACAUCGUGUCGGUGCUGGACAAGUACGACCACUGCGUCAAGGACGGGACGCCCAUAAUGGUGAGUCAGGAGCUGAGGCUAUGGAGCAACUUCGCCAGGAUCUUCAGGAUUGGAUGCAUCGCCAACAACUUGUCCAUACCCGUGCAUGCUUGAUCAAAUUCAUCAUCACGUCUGUUCUGAAUUGCUGAUAAGAUUGUCCUGUAACUAAGGCAAGCUAUAACGAUCGAUAUACACAUGCUGACAUGCAUACAUGUAUGCCCUGCUGCUAGCUUGUCAAUUUGUGCCUUUUUAUCUGUCAAUUGUCUGUAAAACCCAAAUCUGUAUUUUUUUUUCAUCUUUCUCAUUGAAACCGAAAGAAUGGUGGGUC